AUGAAGCUGGGCUGCUUCUCGCCUCCUGUGCUCUGGGCAGCCCAGGUGCUGCUGGCAGCUGGCUGUCAUGCGGCCGCCCGUUCUGAGACCCUGCAGUGUGAGGGCCCUGUCAGCACCUGGGACAGCGCCUGCCACCCUGGGGACCACUCGGCCUCCGGGGAAGUGGACUUCCGGGCCAAGGGCUACACGUUCAGCCGCCCCCUCCGUCUGGUCGUGUCCUACGACUGGCUGAUCCUCCAAGGCCCGGCCACUCCCGUCUUUGAAGGGGACCCUCUGGUUCUGCGCUGCCAGGCCUGGCGAGGCUGGCCACUGGCCCGGGUCACCUUCUACCGAGAUGGCUCCGUUCUGGGUGCCCCCGGACCCCACAGGGAAUUCACCAUCGCCGUGGUUCGAGAGGCCGACAGCGGGCAUUACCACUGCAGCGCCGUCUUCCGGAGCCCUGGUCCUGGGAGCCCAGAAACGGCAUCCUCCGUGGCGGUCACCGUCCAAGAACUGUUUCCAGCUCCGGUGCUCAGAGCCACGCCCUCGCCCUCGCCCCAAGAGGGCAGUGCCGUGACCUUGAGCUGCCAGACAAAGCUGGCCCUGCAGAGAUCAGCCACCCGCCUCCUCUUCUCCUUCUACAAGGGGGGCCGGGCCGUGCGUGGCCGUGGCCUGUCCCCGGAGCUGCAGGUCCCCGCAGCCUCAGAGGCCCACUCGGGGUCCUACUGGUGCGAGGCCGCCACCGAGGACAACCACGUGUGGAAAAGGAGCCCCCGGCUGGAGAUCAGGGUGCAGGGUCCCUCGAGCUCCGGUGCACCACCGGUCUUGAACCCCGCUCCUCCGAAAUCCGUGGCUCCGGGAAUGCCUGCUGAGGAGCCGCCCAGGCCUCUGCCUCCACCGUCCAGCCCUUCCUCGGGGGGCCCAGGCCCCCCCUCUCCCCUGCAGGCCUCCGACCCCCACCUGCACCACCGGAUGGGCCUUCUCCUCAGACAGAUGCAGGAUGUGCGGGUGCUCCUCGGCCACCUGGUCACGGAGCUGAGGGACCUGUCUGGCCACCUGAAGCUGGAGACCAGGAAGGGCCCCGCCGAGCAGGUGUGAGC